AUGGCGGCGUCGAACCCGGUCGCUUAUACCGAUCCGAACACUGGCAUCGACUUCCAACAAUACUCUGCCACCGGAGUCGCGUUUUCCUUGGGUAUUGCUUUCCCCGAGACACUCGGGUCGGACCUCAUCGGACAACUUGUGGUUCCAAUCACCAAGACGGGUGCGUGGGGAGCUGUUUCGCUUGGCGGAGGCAUGUUGAACCAUCUUCUGCUUGUUGCAUGGGCCAACGGUGAGGAGGUCGUUAGCACUUUCCGUACCGCAGGUGCCUACGCGAAUCCAGCUGUCUACGACGCCACCGAAGUCUCAGCGCUGCCGAUCGCCAACGGGACCUUCGUCAACAGCACCCACUUCUCAUACACCUUCCUCUGUGAGGGAUGUAUCGUUGGUGGUGACACAACAUUCAAGGCGACGGAUGACCCUCCUGUCCUUGGAUGGGCACUGUCUUCUGGAAACCCGACGACCCCCUCAGAUCCCGCAAGUGAGCUCCCAUACCACGAUGCUGGCUUUGGAUUGUAUGGUCAACCCAUUGCCGCUGCUCAGUCGGCCGACUUCGAGACCUGGGCUUCUUGGGCCUCUAAGACUACCACGCCCGCUCCUGGAGCCGGCAACUCUACCCUGCCAGUGACCGGAAACAGCACAUCCCCCGCUCCCACCGUUUCCAACGCUACUUACGAUGUUAUAGUUGUUGGUGGUGGGACUGCCGGUAUCAUCGCGGCCGAGCGUAUCGCUGAGGCCGGUUCAAGCGUCCUCCUCAUCGAGCGUGGCCCUGCCAAUACUGUUGCACUCGGAUCCAAGGAGGGUCUCGAAUGGAACAACACACUGACUCCAUAUGACAUCCCUGCUCUCGGAAGCAGCUUGUCAGGCAUUUCCGGCACGAAGAUCUGCAGUGACACUGCAUCAAUGGCUGGGUGCCUUCUCGGAGGAUCAAGCUCCAUCAACGGAGAGAACUUCAUCCGCCCUCCUCAGCACGACUUCCAGAACUGGCCCGCGGAAUGGUCCUGGGACGACGUGAGCAAGGCUGCUGACCGCCUGUACUCUCGCAACCCAGGUACCACUCAACCGUCGCUUGAUGGCAAACACUACGACGACAUGUCCUAUAGUGUUGUGUCUUCUUACCUUGACGCAGAAGGCUGGACCAACGUCGACUCGAUCGAGACGCCCAACGAGAAGCACAUGGUUUACUCUCGCCCUGCUUGGUCUAUCGUCAACAACAUGCGUGCUGGACCUGCCAGGACCUACAUGCCCUUCGCUGAAGAACUCGACAACUUCACUCUCCAGCUCGGCACAAAGGUCAUCCAAGUCCAGCGCACUGGCAGCAGCGUCACUGGUGUUCUCGUUCAGCUUGAAGAUGGAACUCAGCAGGUCAUCAACUUGAAGGCAGGCGGUAAGGUCGUCCUCGCCGCGGGAGCCCUUUCCACCCCUAGGAUCCUGUGGAACUCUGGCAUCGGCAAGUCUGAUGCUCUCAAGAUUGUCCAGGGUGGUACUAGUGGCGUCAAGCUUCCGGAAGAAGCUGACUGGAUCGACCUUCCCGUUGGUCACGGCCUCAAAGACCACGCUCAAGCUCCUCUCCAGUUCAAGACCUCCGCCAACUACACCGCCUACAAGUACACCGACAUCGCCACCGACCCCGUAGAAUCCGACGUCGACCUCUACAAGCAAGGCUCUGGUGUGCUCACCCAGGCCGCGCAAAGAAUGCACCUCUGGACCUCUGUCAACGGCACUGACGGCCGCGAGCGCUACCUCCAAGGAACUGUCAGCUCCAUGAAAGACGGCACAGUCACCAUCAAGACCUUCCUCACCCACGGCACCACCUCCACCGGCGAACUCGGCAUCACAGCCGGCGGCAACACCGUCCUGAACAAGAAGCCAUGGUUGGUCGAUGACGCUGACCGUGAGGCGUUCUCCGGCUUCAUCCAGUGGUGGAUGGACAUCACCAGCCAAGCCAACAGCUCCAUCACCUCCACGAUGGCGCUCCCCACGAACUCUACCCCGGAGUUCAUCCUCGCUGAAACCCUUAUCUCGGGUGACCACUGGGUUGGAACCACGAAGAUGGGCACGGAUGAUGGACGCAAGAACGGCAGCAGUGUUGUUGACACUGACACCAGGGUCUACGGCACUGACAACCUCUUCGUUGUCGAUGCUUCUAUCCACCCCGAUCUCCCUACUGGAAACACACAGGCUAUCAUCAUGGUCGUUGCCGAGCACGCGGCCGAGAAGAUUGCCGCUUUCAAGGUCGCUAAUGGCACCGCUCCUGCUACUCCGACUACACCGUCAGCUACCCCCUCAGGUGUCGCCACUCCUUCCAGUGUCGCUGUCGGCAACUCUACUGUGCCAUCGGCUACUGCUGCUGCAGAGAAGAAGUACACCAUCCAAGAGUUCGUUGCAUUCCUCGAGGAGGCUGAUGCUGCUGAUGGCUCUUCUACCACCACCAGGAAGCGGGAUGCUCAGGGCCGGUUGAUUCGCCGGUACGUCAGUCGCCGUUCGGUGUAG